ACAGCUAGCACAUUUUUAUCAUAUAAACAACCCAGGAACAAAGGGUAGUAAUUUGGGUGCAAUAUCCUCAAGGUCUCUUACCUAGUCAGAUGGUGAGAUGUUAACGUUCAUUUUUUCAAUGCGUUCCACCUAGUACUUGAAGACUAUUUUGAAUGCAGUUCAAGAAAGAAGUGCUUGAAUCUUAGACUUUCAAGUGGCAAAACCUCCAUUAGUUCCACUAGACUGCUAUGGACUGCUUUCCUGCAGCUAACAACAGUCUGUGGAUUAAAGUAUUGUUAAUGAUUCCUGAAAGAGGGGGAGCAGCAAUGUUUACUGUGGGUAGGGGAGGAGGUACAAGUCCAUUUAGGCUGACAUGUUACUGACAGUAGGACAGAUCAUUUGGUUUAAAAAUCUUUUGAGUUCUUCCACUUGCUCACUUGAGAAAACCAUUGCUUACCAACCUCAGUGUUAAGGUAAGUUCCUUGUGCAUUUGGUUAGACCUAUAGGUUACCGAUUUGAGAGCAAUGUGGAACGUAUUCUUCAGCCUGUUACCUUCUUUGCUGCUGGUCCUGGUUACAGUAUUGCGUCGAUGGAACUGGAUCUGUCAUCUUGCAGAUAGCACCGUUCAGCAGUUGGGUCACUGUAUUUGGAUUAUUGUCUGUAGACUCUUAAAACUGCCAUGCUUUACAGUAUCAGGAUCCACAGAAGAAUGCCAGGCAGAAGUCAGAUUGAUCUGUAAACCCACGGCCCUUGCCAGCCACCUGAAGAAACACUGCUAUACCUUGGCCCAGCCUCCUCUGGCAAGAUGGCCUCAGGCUGACCCUCAUUUUCAGAUAAUUACCAAUCUCAUGUGGCCCACAAAGGAAGGUGCUGAACUGCAAGGAGGAGUCCACUUUACACGGGAUAACCUUCUCCUAAAGGAUGGGGGUAUUGUGGCGCUCGAUUGGGCUGUGAGUCUAAUGGAUCAACAAGCUCAGGGCAAAAGGGAUCAUCAUCCUGGAGGAAGGUUUCUGGCCCAUCACUCUAGUAAUCCUGCUAUUGUUGUUAUAAUAAUUCCCAAUGCCCUAGGCAGAGUAACACCACACUUGCUCAUGUUGUGCCACAAGGCUUUGCAGCAGGGUUUCUAUCCAGUGGUUUUCCAUCGACGUGGUCAUGGUGGCUGCCCACUGACUACCCCACACUACCAGGAGUUUGGAAAUACUUCUGACCUUGCACAAGCAGUAGCAUACCUGCGGAGUCAUCAUCCAUCCUCAACUUUGCUUGCAGUAAGUGAGAGCUCGGGAUCAGGGCUACUGCUGUCCUAUUUGGGGGAAUGUGGCUCUUCAUCCUACCUGACGGCCGCUGCGUGCAUCUCUCCUGUGUUUCAUGGACAACUGUGGUUUGAGUAUGAGCUACCGUGGCUUUAUCAGUGGAUAGCCCUCAUCUACCGCAAGUUUCAAAUAAACAGGUACGCCACUGCUUUGAGCUCUGUGAUGGAUGUAGCAAAAAUUCUACAUUGCAACUCCUUGCGAGAUAUGGAAGAGCUCAUGUUCUGUGCUCCUAAGCAGUCGGAACAAAAAAUAUCAGACUCUGUGGACAAUGUUGGAAAGGAAAAUUCAAGAUUAUCAGUGAAGCUCGACUGGCCAAGUUACUGGGAGAGGAAUGAACCUUUACGAGAUGCAGACGAAGUAGCAGUACCAGUGCUCUGUUUGUGUAGCCAAGAUGACCCUCUUCUUCCACCUCUCUCCACUGUACCUGAGGGACUUUUUCAUAAUAGCCCUUACUUCCUGCUGGCUGUGACGCAACAGGGAGGACACUGCAGCUUUAUGCACGAGGAUGGUCAUGGAGGUACUACUUCCUGGAGUCAUUCUGUGGUGCUGGAAUACUUUAGGGUAGUUUCCGAUUUCUUCAAGGUAGAGGAGAAGAAAGGCUUCAAAGAUGUUUUUGCACAACGUGGCAGCCAGAGUCUGAGGCAUAGCACCAGUGCUGUGCUGUCCAGAAGAAGAGCAACUUUGCUCCGGAAAGAAAGACCCAUCCGAAGACGGCAAAUCUCAACUCCCUCUGACAAAUUCACAUUUGAAGAGGAACAGGAGGAUUUUACUUGGAACAGAUCCUACACACGCUGAGUGAGAGAAGCAGGUGGUACCAUAAGGUCAUAGCACAUUGGCCGUGCUAAACUUCCUACCAGCACAUGUUUAAGAAACAUAAGGUGCCCUUGGUUAUGAAACCACAGAUUUGCCGAAAUGAGUAAGGAGGACACCAUGACACCACAAAAUGGAAAGACCAUGUUGAUAGACAAAAGAGACAUCUACUGACUGGCAAGGGGCUUAAUUAUGCAGACAGCUUGGUCUAUAGCAUUAGAUGCUAUAUUCUGCCUUUUUUCAAGUUGCAACAAGUUGAUCUAACUCUCUGUGCAACACAGUUUUCCCCUCAAAAGAUUAAAAAGCUCUGUCAAAAUUCAAAAAUUACAGUGUUCAAAAGAAAUCAAUUAAAAAAUCCUCAUGAAAAGGAUGUCGAUAAAAGUUAACACUUACUACACCUGCAGACAAAUAUAUUAAAGCAUACAAAUGACAAAACCAAAUUGUACUAAAAUUACUUUAUUACAGUUGAUUUGUUUGUCCAGUAGCCCUCUGCCAACAAAAGGAGUAAUUACAAACAAAACAUUACCUUUGUCCCCCUUAGGUUUUCAUAAUUUUUUGUAUAUUUU